AUGAGGCAGCUCUGCUCCGCUGCUCGAGCCCCGCUCUUGUGCACCCUCGCUGUGCUGUUCAAAAUGUCUCUGUCAGUGGACCACGUACCGAUGCUGCUUUGGUCAACUCAGAGAUCACAGUGGAAUCCAGACACUGCUUUGCACGAAGGACACGUUGUCUCAGCACAGGAGCUGACUGUACUCUUGCAACCUGUUUUUACCCAGAAUUCCAGACAACUCAUCUUGUUCCUGCAGGAUACACUUAGCAUAGAUGAUUUCACAUACUUCAGUGAAUCCCAUGGUAACAAGAAUCCAUUUCAAAAUGUUCAGGAAAUUCUUCAGUCGUCUUCUUCAUCUUUAGUUUUGCCAGCUGUUGACUGCGAGGCUACCAGGUAUCUUCUGAGCUUUCUUCAGGAGUCAGGAGAUUGGAAGUUAACAAACAUAACUAAUCUCGAUGUCUCUCAGUUGGAAGUGAAUACACCUAAACCAAACUUACUGGUGGUUCAGCUACAACCACUUGUCAGUGGUUUAAAUGAGAUUUCCACCCUGGAAGCAAUUGCUGAAAAUGACAAAAUAAUUGGAAGACUGACCAUGGAUCUGCAGGAACGAGGGAUUCAUUUUUCAGUAAUUUAUACUGCAAUGAGACCUUCAAGG